AAAAUUUUCAAAAUUGAAGAUGGCUAACGACGAUCCGAAGGCAUGGAUGUCCGUUGGUUAUGGGUACGCAGACGAUUUAAUACCAAAAUUUAACGGCCAGGACAAGAGCUAUUCGGUAACAAAAUUCGUUCAAGAAAUUGAAGAUAACGGCGAAAUUUUUCAAUGGACGCCGCUUCAGCAAUUAAUCAUAGCGAGGAGGUCACUCACGGGUACGGCGGCGUUGUGGCUCCGGUCGGAACGACCAUUCAGGACUUGGGAGGAGUUGAGACAGGCUAUUAUUAAAGAAUUUCCGGAUACAUUAGAUCAAAAAACCGCUCAUGAACUUAUGAGUGCUAGAAAGAAGAAGCCGGAAGAGUCAUGCAUUGACUAUAUGCUCGUCAUGAAGGAGCUUGGAAAACGUGGCAAAAUGCCCAAUUACGUUGCCAUUAAAUACAUUGUCGACGGAAUUACAGGCGAAGAAACUCACAAAAUUAUGUUAUACGGUGUGACGACUUACUCGGAUCUCAAAGAAAAACUUCGUAUUUACGAAACUCUGAAGGAAAAGAUAAAUAAAAAGCGAGAAGUACGUAGCCAGCUACCUACUGCUGAUGUGUCGACAAAAGUUCGAGUGAUGAGAUGUUACAGCUGCGGGGAAAGAAGCCAUCAUUCGAAGGAAUGUCCUCAUAAACAUCUUGGGCUGAAGUGUUUUAAAUGUAAUGGUUUCGGCCAUAUUGCACCGCAAUGCAAAGUCACGGAAACAGCCGAAGGGGUUCCGAGUACAUCACGAAGCGGACCGAAUGUUGCCGACCAAUCAGGUGCAAGUUUCGUCCGACGUCAGCAGUCUUCAUUCCGACAAGUUGGUACAAGUGGUGCAAGAUCGCAAGAUGGUGGUGUAAAUGGACCAAAGCGCACGAUGUUCAAUUCGGAUGUCACAUAUUCGCCGGUUGAUAGUGGCAGCAUUGAUGUUCCGCAUAAUUGUCACGAUGUUCAUACUGUUUCGAGUGUGAUAGAUGACGGACUUGACGUUUCGACAAACUGUCAGGAAGUAAACAAGAACAAAAGUCUCAAGUUACAAAAACCGCGGAAAAUAAUAAGUAUACUGAAUAAUUCAACAAGCGCUUUGAUAGACACUGGUAGCGAGGUGAACUUAAUUUCUCAAGAGUUUUAUGUGUCAAUCGGAUCACCAAAAUGUGAAGACGAUCCAUUAUCUUUGUUCGGACUCGGUCAGGCGAAGGUGCAGUCCAUGGGAACGGUUACUGUUUCGGUGACGAUUGAUGAACAGAUCUAUUAUGACCUAUAAGCCGCAGAAAGUCAAAGAUUCGCCAGUUCAGUUGCGUAUUGUCUUAAAGGAUGAUGUUCCAGUAGCUCAGCGACCACGCCGGUUGGCUAUUACAGAACAGAAAGAAGUUGAACGGCAGGUAGAACAGUGGCUGAAAGACGGAAUUGUUCAAGUAAGUUGGUCAGAAUAUGCAAGUCCUUUGGUGCUAGUUAAGAAAAAAGACGGUACAGUUCGAAUUUGUGUAGAUUAUAGACUAAUUAACAAAAAAAUGGUAAAGGACGAAUAUAUAUUUUGACUGUUGUUGAUGCCUUUACUAAAUUCACAUGGAUAUUUCCUACAAAAAGCACAACCAGCAGAGAGGUAAUUGCCAAAUUACAGAUUCAUCAACAAGUGUUUGGCAACCCUAAAAGAAUCAUAACCGACAGAGGUACGGCGUUUACAAGCGGAGAGUUUAGAACUUAUUGUGCAGAUGAGAAGAUUGAGCAUGUCACCAUAACUACUGGGAUUCCCAGGGGAAAUGGUCAGGUGGAGAGAAUCCAUAGAGUGAUUAUUUCAGUACUGACAAAGAUGUGUAUAGAGCAGCCUGGAAAUUGGUACAAGCAUGUAAGCCGUCUACAACAAGCACUGAAUAGCACUUAUCAGA